AUGGAUUCUAAAACUGAGUUAGAGCUUAUGAAUUCAGAAGUGAGAGACCUAAAUGGUCUUAAUUUGCAUGAAAAUCUAACCGUACUGAACCUACAUCACAAUUGUAUUUCUGAGAUAAGCGGACUAACUAAAGUCUCUAAGCUGCGCUUUUUGGAUUUAUCCUCGAACUCUAUAACAAGGAUAUGUGGGAUGAACAAUCUUCAGCACCUCAGAACGCUGAAUCUGUCUUCAAAUAAAAUACGAAUAAUUGAGUCACUAGAUAACCUACAUUGUUUAGUUCGUUUAGAUGUUUCUUUCAAUGAAAUUAUUAGUUUGGAUGGUUUGAAAAAAUUAUUUGGUCCUUCAUACAGUUUGACUGUUAUUAUAUUACAAGGAAACAAAAUUGAAUCUAAACAACAUGUUUUGGAUUGUACAAAGAAUUUAGUUAAUUUACGUCAGUUAACUUUAUUCAAUCCACAAACAGGAGAUGCUAAUCCUGUUUGUAGAGUGCAAGGUUACCGUAUGGAUAUUCUCCAAGGAUUACCUCAGUUAGAAGUCUUAGAUCAUGUUGAUAGAAUGGGUCGGGCCACUCAAAUUGAUGUCUUAGCUGAUUUACCAGAACUCAAUGACUUUAUGGACCUCCUUUCUACUGCAAGUUUAUCUGAGUCUAAUCACCUGGAAGUGAAUAAAUUUCAGGGGAAUGAAUGCUAUCAAACUCAAACAGAUUUUCCGGAUAAAGAUCAUGAUUCACCAAAGAAAAAUGUGGAUGGAGUUAAGAAGGUGCUUCCAUGUAAACAGGACAAAGAUUAUAUUCCUCCUUCAUCAUCUUCAAUCGCUGAACAUCGACUAUUGAGUUUAGAAAGUCAGUUAAACUCUUUAGUCACUCUACAGUUGAUGAAGAUGUAUCAAGCAGAAUCUGAUCACUCCAUAUGCCAUUGUAAUACACACCAAACGUCAUUAGCUACAUCAAAGCAAGACAAAUCAAAUAAUUUGAAUGUACAUUGUGAAGCUAGGGCAAAUCGUCCUCAUAAUAGAAUAGAUAGAAGUUCCUCACAACACAUACCAGAAAAGGAGGUCCCUGAUGAAACACUUCAUAUUGAAUCGGAUAUCCAGUCUAGUAAUAUGACCUCCAAAUUGGUAAAUGAGCAUCAGACAUCUCAUAGUGAUCCAUGUGUAGCAUCAACAAACUCUGUUGGACAAUCAUCUGCGAAAAUUCGUUACACUUCAGACUCUAAUCAUUCUCAACAUCCAGCGAAACCGGUGGCUAAAAUAGAAGGAGCAACUGUAGACAAUCAUCCACCAGGUGCACCAGCAAAGCCUACAUUAAAUUUGGUUAAGACAUUACGCAAAAAUACAAGUGACAAAAAAAAUAAACAGGAAACAUUGAAAAAGUUGAAUUGUUCUGCUUCGAAAAACCAAAUAAUUGAGAAUUGUGGUAGUGAAGAACAAGAACAAUGUCCCCCUGUUUCUUCAACAUCUAAUCCUACCCUGAGGACUCAAUCAAAUGAUUAUGGCAAGGGUGACAAAACUAUUGGAAAAAUACUCAAGGAGCUUGAUCAAGAAAAAACGUUGAGAAAACAAGCUGAACAAUUAUGCCAAGAUUUAGUUGGCCGAAUACGUGAAUUGGAAGCUUCCGUGAUCGAUGAAAACGAAGCGUUAAAGGUCACCGAGGAUUUGAAACAAGCAUUUACCGUAGAACAUCAAGAGAAAUUGUCAACACAAUCACAGUUAAAGGAAAUGGAAAAUAAAUUCAAUGAAAUUUGUCAAGUUGCUGAUAAUCUGCGUAUUAAAGAAGAAACAGAAAAGAGUCGAUAUCAACAGGAGAUUGAAAAUUUAAAUCAGUUGCUAAAUGAAGCGCGUAAGGAUUAUAAAAAUGUACUAUCAAGGGCAGAAAAUUCUGAACAGAAGCUAGACAAAGCUCAAUCCCUUCUACAUAAUCGUGAGAUAGAGUAUAGACGAGAACUGGAUAGCCGUUACAAAUUAGAUAGCCCAGAGUUGACAAAAUUAAUAUCAACUAAAAUUGAUUUGAUACAAACACGUUACCAACAUACUAUUGAUACCUUACAAGAAAAACUUACUGAAAGCAUCAAACGUUAUACAGCUCUGGAAGAUGAAUUUCGAAUGGCAUUAAGGAUAGAAGCAGAACGAUAUGAUAUAUUGCUUAAAACAUCAGAGUUAUGUAAAGAAGAAUUAGGCGAAACACAGUCACAAUUGAAAGAAAAAACUGAACGUGAAGAAUCUAUACGUCAUUUAAUUGAAGAAAUGAAUACAGUGAUCAAAGAACAAAAAUCGAAGUACACAAGUCAACAAAAAGCUAACUUGUUAUUGCAACAUAAUUUGAAGGAACGCAUCGCAACUUUAGAAGCUCAUCUGGAAGAAGCUCGAACACGGAUUACAAAUCAUGAAAACUUACGAAAGGAACUAAAACAACAAAAAGCAGAAAUGCUAGCUCAAGAAUCAAUUAUAGCUGGUUUAAGAGCAGAAAGACGUAAUUGGAGUGAAGAAUUAGCUAAACAAGGAUCAGCUUUAGCCCAAGAUCGUGGACGUUUGGAAGCUAAAAUUGAAGCACAAGAGCUUGAAAUUGCCAGUCUGAAAAAAUCCCUCAAAAAUGAAAGUGAUUCAGUUAAAAUUAAAAAUAAAAUAGUUGAUGAUCAAACAGAAACAAUAUUGAACUUAAAGAAGUGUAUUCAAGAAAAUCAAGCUGAAAUUAAACGUCUACAAAAUGAGGCUGUACAAAAUCAUCGAAGCUUAGAAAAUCAGUUGAAUCAAAAAGUUAAAGAAAAUACUGAAAUGAAUGAGGAAAUAAAGCAUCUUGUUAAACGUAAAGAAGAUUUGAAACAACUGGUAUCUGAAUUGCAAUUGAAAGUAGACGAAUUACAAGAACAAAAUGACUCCAUGUCAAAACGUUGGCGCGAUCGUGCGAGUUUAAUAGAUAAAUUAGAAAAACAAGUUGAACGAAUGCACCAUAAUUGGGAGGAAGAACAGAAACGUUUGACUGAUGAAAGGGAUGCAGCACAGAAGCAAGUCCGUACAUUGCAUUCACAAAUGGAAAGUAUGGAUGAAGGAUUUCGGCAACAAUUAGUGGCUGUGGAAGAAAUGAAGGAAUAUGCAAUUAAUAAUGCACGAAAUGAAGCUGAAAAGUUGCGCUUAGCAUGUGAAACACGCGUAGUCGAAGUAGAAUCGGAAAUGCGUACAAUUCUCUUAGAGGCUGAAAAUUCAAGACAAGCAAUGGAAGAAAGACUGAAGUCUACAUCAAUAGCUUUGUGUAAUCCAGUAUUGCCAGAAUUCAAUACACUACCAAGCCAACAUCUGAACAGGGGAGAAUAUUUUAAGGAUUACAGGAUACCAAGUUCAUCUCUCUCACCUCAUAAUACUGCACCUGUUGAAACCAGUCUGAUCAAGAAUCGGAUCAAUCCAAACGCCUAA